AGCGCCCGGAUCCGGGCCAAUUGCUCCAGCUGCAGCUCCUGCGGCGGGGGCGCGGGUCAGCGCCAGGGCGCGGCGCGCGCCCACCCCGCCCGCCGGGCUCGCGCUCACUAGCCUUGUAGGGCUGCAGCUCCUGCACCUGCCGCGCCAUCUGCGCCGCGCGCGCCUCCAUCUCCAGCAGCUGCGUGCGCACCCCGUCCUCGCGUCCGCGGUACAGCGAGGCCAGCUCGGCCCGCUGCCAGUGGAUCUGCGUCAGGUCCACGCGGUUCUGCUCCUCUAGCCGGACGAUGGCUUGGGCGCAGCGCUGUGCGCGCGCGCUCACGUAGCUGGCGAAGAGCCGGUUCUCCUCGCGCAAGCGCACCGCCUCGCGGUCCAGGAAGGCGUUCUCCUGCAGCACCUGGUCAACGCGCGCCUCGCAGGCGUCCAGCUGCUCGGAGAGCAGCUUGUAUUCGCGCUGCAGGCCUAUGGCAUCGUGUGGAAGGCAGUGGAUAGGAGGACUGGCGAGGUCGUGGCCAUCAAGAAGAUCUUCGAUGCCUUUAGAGAUAAGACGGAUGCCCAGAGAACGUUCCGGGAAAUCAUGCUGCUCCAGGAACUUGGGGACCAUCCCAACAUCAUCCGCCUCCUGGAUGUGAUCCGGGCAGAGAAUGACAGGGACAUUUACCUGGUGUUUGAGUCUAUGGACACUGACCUGAACGCCGUCAUCUGCAAGGGCAAGCUGCUGAGGGACGUCCACAAGCGUUACAUCAUCUACCAGCUCCUACGGGCCACCAAGUUCAUCCACUCAGGACGUGUCAUCCACCGAGACCAGAAGCCAUCCAACAUCCUCCUGGACUCCAGCUGCUUGGUGAAGCUCUGUGACUUUGGUCUUGCUCGCUCCCUCAGUGGCCUCCCUGAGGGGCCUGAGGGCCAGGCCCUGACAGAUUACGUGGCCACACGCUGGUACCGGGCUCCCGAGGUGCUGCUGUCCUCUAGCUGGUACACCCCUGGGGUGGACAUGUGGAGUCUGGGCUGCAUCCUGGGGGAGAUGCUUCGGGGGAGGCCCCUGUUCCCCGGCACAUCCACGCUGCACCAGCUGGAGCUGAUCCUAGAGACCAUCCCACCGCCAUCCAAGGAGGACCUCCUGGCUCUUGGCUCAAGCUACAGUGCCUCGAUCCUGCCCUGCCUGGGGUCCCGGGGACAAAACGCAGGCGCCCGCAGGCCACGGCAGACGCUGGACACCCUCCUGCCGUCAGACACACCCCCGGAGGCCUUGGAUCUCCUCAGGAGGCUCCUGGUAUUUGCCCCGGACAAGCGGCUUAGCGCGGCCCAGGCACUGCAGCACCCCUACGUGCAGAGGUUCCACUGCCCGGCCCGUGAGUGGACACUGGAUUCGGCUGUGCGGCUCCCGGUGCUUGAAGGAGUUCAGCUCUCAGCCCCGGAGUAUCGCAGCCGUGUCUAUCAGGUGCUCCGGCCGCGACCACCACCGCCCUCCACCCACGCUCACCCUCGACGCCUCCCACUGCCUCAGCGACCCCCAAGGACCCUCUGCACCCGCACGCCUCUGAGCGCCCCUCUCUUCCCGCAGAUGGUCCUGGAGCGCAGGGGCAACAGCUGCGUCCCCAGAGACAAGGGCCUGGGGAGCACAGCCCCCGGCGCACAGCCCAGUGCCCCCUGGUCCCAGGCACCCCUGCUCAAAUCCAGAGUCAUCCCGCAGCCGGCCCCGGGCUCGCCCCCGCAGAACUCCGGACGCAGACCUCCGAGCAGCCCCGGUCACCAGCGCGCGCACGACAUGGCCUGCGGAGCCAAGAACCUUCCGCGGCAGAGCUCGGCCCCCCUGCUCCAGCCUCCGCCCCCAGGAGGUCUCGGGAGAGGGGAGAGGCCCCCUGGGGCGACGGCGGAGGCCCCCUCGGCACCCUCGUGGGUGAAGCCCAGCGGGAAGGGGGCGGCGCCCUCCCUGGCUUCCCAGGCCGCCGCCCAGGUGGCCAUCCAGGCCCUCAUCCGGAGCGACUGGAAUCCGGGCCGUGGGGUGAGGGCGACCGGCGCGCGACGGGUGAGCUCGCCCGGAUCCCCGGCUCUCGGCUCCCUUGCCGUCCUUCCCGCCCCCUCCGCCGCUGGUUUCUCGCGGGGCAGGGCCCCCACCCGGGCCGCCCCUUACGCGGCCCCUCGACCAACCGUGUGCAGGUCCCUCGCGGGCUUCCCGCGGAUGUCCGGCCCGCGCCCCGGCCCGGCCGGAGGAUGUUCAGCGCCUCGGCCUCGCAGGGGGCCCAGGGCGCCGCAAGGGCUGCUCUCGGGGGCUACUCUCAAGCCUACGGGACCGUCUGCCACUCGGCGCUGGGCCGCCUGCCCCUGCUCCCGGGGCCCCGAGCGUAAGCCGCCCUACCCGCCCUCAACCCAGCUCUUCUGCUCAGCCCUCGCCCAGUCCCUCACCCCUCUCCCAGCCCCGGAUUUGCCCCCAAGUCCCCCGUGCUCUUCACCCCCCUUCUACCUGCUCCCCCUUUUGCCUGGCCAUAUUCUUGAGAUCCUGGGAGCCUGUCCGGGCCUCUCUGGGGGAGUAACUGAGGUUCCCACCCAUCCCCAAUCACUUCCUCUAAUAAAGUCUUGUCCAUCCCCAGCCUACCUGCCUAUCUUCUAUUCCCAGUGAGGGACUCCCUCUGAGGUCACACCACCCCUUGCCUGGAGCCCACCCCUUUCAGAGGACCCCUGUGUCGAGUACAGAGCCCAUGAGAAGCUGCGUGGACCCUUUCUGCUGUCCCUGUGUGGCUCCUGUCUGACCAGUGCCCAGUGCUUCCCCUGGAGGCUCUCAGUGCUAAUGCCUGGCCUGGGGGCUCCUCGGGGCCAGCUUCUCCUCCUCUCCACAAGGGUUCCAGAGCCUGCCUGGUGCAGGAGCACCAUCAGAGGGACAAGGCUGUCCCCCAGGGGGCUCCGGGGGUGGGCAGGGACUUGUGCACCUGUUGCCUCAGUGCGGUCAUCACGUGACAUCAUUCGUGACGCUGAGCCAGAGUAAAAGUGUAAGAGAUGACGGGCCCCAGGGUACAGCCCCUGACUGGUCACUGUGCUCCCAGCCGCCAACCGUGACUGGCAGCUGGUCUGUCCUGAUAGGGGGUGGGUCCA